AUGACUGAAAACGUUGUUCGUGAGCGAGUCCUCUCGCUAUACCACAUUGUUACUGGAGAAGUCGAGGGCCCUAAGAGUGUGUCUUUUGUCUCAAAUGAGCCUGGUUCAGAGGGAGAUGUUUUGCCAUCGUUCCUUCAUGAACAUAAAAUCUCUAUCUCUUCUUGGGAUAUCGAAGCGAACCUUACGGGCUCUCCAGUAACACCGGUGCCGUUCAUCCAACAGCCUUAUUUAUUGCCGCACGACUCCCUUCCUCUAAUCGAGCUUCUCUUCCCUGACUAUAACCAAUCGAUUCGGAGAAGCUGGGCAGAAAGAUACGGGUUGGUGGUGGCUGAUAAGGCUGAUUGGUCCGAUGAAUUGUGCCACUUCUUCGGUGAGUUGGCUCUUGCCACUCGACUCGGCCCUCGCCUGCACUCGAGCUUACCGGACAUUUACAAAGUGCGGCACAUAAGUCACCCUCAUCCUUUCAUGUUGUCCCACGGAUCAUAUGGGUCUUUUCCCAAUUUCGAAGAUGUUUGGAAGAUCGAUCUUUGCCUUGAGCCGGAUAGGCGAAUCAAAUCAGCACUCCCCCAUAUUAUGUUGACUGCUUCCCAGCCAGCACAAGCUAGAGAGGGCUCCAUUUUGUAUGGGGAGCUUGCAGUGAUUGUUUCUGUUAUGCAUGAUCGUGCCAUACAGCCUGAGGUAGGAAGCGAAGAGGAGAUGAAGAAGCUGUCUCGAAUGGAUCUAGAAGAGCUUGAUGAAGUAGUUGGUGAGAAGGCACCAGCCUUUCCAAAUGAGCAGAAAUUUCCACUCCUCCUUCUUUCCCUUGUGAACCCACGGCAUGCAAGGAUACUCUGUGCUUACAUGUCUGACGAUCUGCUGGUGGUUGAGAUGUCGAAGAUUUACAGCUUUGAGGAAAAGGAGUCAGCUCCCAUCGGUCUGUUCCUAUCCUGGCUGUUUGCUUCCCCCUCCCCCGUGGUGGAAACAUGA